GCCGUGCUGACGGAUAUGCACGCGGCGCUCGCGGAGGUGUGCGCGAGGUACCAGAACUCUGACAACGCGGAGGCACCUCAGCAGAAGGCCGCCGCCGACCAGAUGAUCCAAUUAUUAUUGGACAAACAAUUGGCUUACCGUUUGAAGGCCGAGCCAGACGAAGUCGGAGUUCACCCUGAUAAUCGGUAUGGGGUUGGAGUGGAGUGGUAUGAGGUCCACACGUUGGCGGGCAUCAUCAUUCGUGGAGGGUGGAGUUGGUCUGAGGUGAAGGACCCCAUCGCGAUUGAGAUCGCGCAAGGUGCGGCUGGCGACGAACAGCUCCGCUUCAACGAGGGGCUCGCCGCCAGCAGCGAGGGCUACUUGGCCAAGGUCCCGGCCGUCGUGAAGAUACUGAGCAUCGCGUGCAGCCACACCAACCAGGUGCUCCGCUGCAUCAAGCACAAGACGAAGUCCCACGAGAUGGAGUUCACCAACGACGACCAGCACCUCAGCCAGACCUUGCUGCAGGUGCACGCAAAGGGGAAGCGGAACAAGCAGAUCCACGGCGAUCCGAAGUGGAAUUUCGUGACAAGGGGCAUUGAGCGCACGAGGCCGUUCUUGCAAGGGCAGGUGCAGUUCAUGACGGAGUACGUCCAGAACUACAGCGGCGGCGACCCGCCCACGUUUUUGACCGAGCUGAAGCACUACGCCAAGACCUUGGACACGGUUCGGGACGUCGGCAGCGUGACGUUCCACGUGCUUGGGGCCGCCAAGCUCACACAGGUUCCCGAGCUCAUCACCAACAUGAUGAAGGCAUCGUUGUGCGCGCCAGAUAGCUUCGCGAGGCCUGACGGUGUUCGCUUGUUUACGAGCGCGGACGUCAUGGCCGUGGAGUCGGGGAAGCUUCGUGAGUCCGCCUUCGAGUCUGUGAACAUGCGCCGCCUUGCCGUCCAGUGCCUCUCGGACUGCGGCUUAACCAAUGCCCACCUCGCGACCAAGCUCAUCGGGGACUUCGACGUGAAGAUGGCCAUGAAGGUAUUCGGGAAGCAGAAAAAGGGGCGGAAGAUCUACGGCAGCCUCGGGGAGAUCGGGCGGGACUUCGUCAAGGGCGUCGUGGCCAAGUGGCCGCAUGCGAGGUCGACCCCAGCACCGUGGGGCGUCGCGGCGGCAGAGGCGCAGGAGGAGCCUACGGCAGCGCCCUCCGACUUCGUCCAGUACGACGUCGGCAGCGGCGCCGCGCCCAUCUUGCGCUCGAACGUCUUGGAGGCCACGGGUUUCGAGGUCGACGCCGUGGUCAAGUGCGUCCGCGGCCGUCACGAGGGCGAGUGGGUGAUCAAGGGGAUCGGCGAGAAGGUCAAGCUGGCCCCUCGGGGGCCCGUCGCGACAGCUGGCCCCGCCGAGAAGCGCGCGAAGGCCAUGGAGUUCGCCGUCAGCAUCGGCCAGCUCGCCGACGACUUCGAGUUGGUCAAGGCCACGGACACGACUACCAUCAACGUGAGCGGCGAUGCAGCGCUCGACCUGCUGAACAUGGAGAACGCCCUCGAGAAUAGGCGCGCCUGGUUCAGGGUCGCGCUGAACUGCGCCUACAGGGAGAGGAUCAGCAGCGUCAACGUGGCCAUCGAGUUCAGCAAGAGCUCGAAGGUUUGCAAGGUCCUGACCAAAUACCAGAAGGGCGAGCUUGUCCUCAUCCCGCUUACGCCAUCAAUCUCGAUUGGGCCGAGGCCGACGCCGAACGCGAUCGUGGUGGACGACUCGAUGCCAGACCACAAGAGCAUUAUGUACCUGAUGUCCAAGAACAUCCUGCCCGACAGCGACGCCUGCAAGGACGGGUGGCCUUUCAUCGUUCCAUUUUGGAACGUUCCGACGCGCGUGGAUACAGCCCUCGUCAACAUGGCGCCAUCUUCUAUCAAGGUGCCUUUCGAAGUGCGCAGCUGCGCCUUGAACUUCGGUAAGUCAGACUGCAAGACGAUUACGAUCACCACGCUCGUGAACACGAAGGCGCUGAAGGAGGGCUCCGAGCUGUUCCAGAAGGCGCCUGCGCAGGCCGCCCUCAAGGGGCAGGCGCGCAAGUGA